AUGUCUAUAUCAGUGCUCAUACGUCUGCUAAAAAGAUCAUUCCUCGACAAAUUGACGGGCAAGAAGGAGCAAACUAUUACCAAAGAGGAUUCAACCAAGCGCCCAACCUACGAUCAGCUAGCUACAACGGCCAAGAGCUUCAUCCUUGCUACCUCCCCGAAGACAGCAGGAGGCAAUGAACCCGAUCACGAUCGCUUCCUAUCUUUCUGCGCCCAGAACUUCACUCACAGUUGGGGCCACAAACACUUCGUCAGCACAGCACCAGGUGUUCAGGGCAUCAUAGACGGCAAUGGCUUCCUGGAACGCAUGGGCAAGCUAUCUGGAAGAAUGAAGACAUGGACGAUAACGCCUACUGAGACCCUGGUGGACGUGGAAAAGAAGAUGGUGGCAGUGAGAGCAGAUUUUACUAUCGUGAUGUCGGGACACGAGCAUGAGGCAGUAGUCAACGAUAUUGUGUGGUAUGUGACUAUGGAUGAGAGUGGUGAGAAGGUCGUGGACAGUAGGGAGUUUAUCGAUCCGAUGGCUGGCAAGGCUAUUGCGGAGCAGAUGCAGAGCGCUGCUACAGCAUCGACCUGA